AUGGGCAACCUGCCCAUGGGUUCUAAAAAAAUUUUUGCAUGUCACAGUAAUAGAAAAGAGUCUCCUGAUCCAGGAGGAAAGCCUGGUAUGGUAGCGCCAGGAAGGACGGGGUUGCAGGAGUCAUAUAGGCUACCGGAACGGAAAAGGAUUAGGAUGACGAUUUUUACUUAUAACGCACGUACGCUUGCAUCGGAAGCGGCCAUCGAAGAUCUGAUGCAAGUCAAGAAGAUCAAGUACGAUGUCAUCGGACUGACCGCGACGAGACGACGUUACUCUCUCAACGCCGUUUAUGAAACUGGAGAAGAACUGUUCUUAGGAACAUGCGACAGUAGAGGUGUUGGUGAAGUUGGCUUCCUCGUCAACACGAGUAUGGCAAAGAACAUCGACUCUUUCGAACAACUUACGACCCGAAUCUGA